UCUAUCUCUCUCUAUCUCUCUCUACUCUCUCUGUAUGCUCUUGUCUGUUCCCCCACCACCAUCCUUUGAGUCACACCAAAGCCACUGUGAUUCCAUUCCAUCUCUUUUCUUUUCCUCUGAAUACCUCUAAAGUUUCCAUUUUUCGGACAUGGGUAUCUCUUUUUUUCUGUGUUUAUCUUAGUUUUUCUCUUCUCUUGUCUCUUUCGACUUGUUAAGUGUGGACUUUGUCUGGGGUGCCAUCAUGCGUUUGGGUUGAAGAAUCUGUGAACUGGCGGUGUUCUAUAUGCUGUGGUGCUGCUUCUGUUGCUAUUCGUGCUUCUAGCUUGAGGGUUUUGUUUAUUGUGGUUGCAUCUUUUUGCGCGUGCGUGUGUGUUUGUGUGGAUUGGUUAUUGGGUUGGAGAUGUUGGGUUCAGGUACCAAUUUGGUGACCACGGUCAUUGGGUUUGGCAUGAGUGCCACUUUCAUUGUGUUUGUCUGCACCAGAAUCAUAUGCGGAAGGCUAAGAGGAGGUGUUGAAUCUCGGAUGGUGUAUCAGAUUGAAUCAAGAAUUGAUAUAGAACAGCCAGAACAUCAUGUUAAUGACCCUGAAUCAGAACCUGUUCUGCUUGAUGCAAUCCCUACUUUGAAGUUCAACCAAGAGGCUUUCAGUUCCCUUGAACACACACAGUGUGUAAUAUGUUUGGCAGAUUACAAAGAAAGAGAAAUCUUGCGUAUCAUGCCCAAAUGUGGCCACACUUUUCAUCUUUCUUGCAUUGAUAUAUGGCUGAGAAAACAAUCUACCUGCCCAGUAUGCCGUCUGCCAUUGAAGAACUCUUCUGAAACAAAACAUGUAAGACCUGUGACGUUUACCAUGAGCCAAUCUCUUGACGAGUCUCACACAUCAGAAAGGAGUGAAAAUGCAGAGAGACAUGAUGAACAACCUACUCCUACUGCAGCCAGUAACUCUUUACAACCAACUUCAGGUGAAGAAGGAGCAAGGCAAUGAUCUAAGAAGAGAAGAUUGAAAAAUUUCUGCUUUUGUAGAGGGAUGCUUCUAAUUAUAGAUUGGAUUCAAAUUCUUUGUCUGUGAUAUGGCCUUCGUAUUUAAUCUCUCGGUGGUGUAAAUAUGCUUCCAUUUGUAGCAUAUGAAGGCCUAGUUUUUGGUGGAAUCUUUGGCAUACCAUGCUUAAGUUCUUUUCUCCAUCGUAUCACUCAAUCAAGCAUACUUCUCUU